UUGGGUGGAUCGCCCAUUACAGGAGUGUAGCCGCAUGUUGAAAUAAUUGGAAGAGUGGCAUUUCAUUAAAUGAAAACGAAACUGAGUGUCCAAAGUAUAAAGACGUGCUGCAGAGACUGUUUUGACCAAUUGAUCAUCUUAAACGCAUUUAAACUAGUUGCUGUGACGACACGUCUUAGCUCGCUCAAGAUUUUAAAGCCAGGUAAUGACCACUGAAAAAGACAAGUGCUUUUGGGACUUAAAAUGUGCUCUGAAAAAAAUCAAAGAGUCGGAUAUCCAUACAGAAGAAUGCACUAACUAUUUUAAAAAAAUUUUGGACUUAUUUUUCUUUGCCUGUGAAGUGAAAAUAAAGUUCAAAAAAGAAGAAAAAGAAAUCAUAGGUUACCUUUUAACCCAAAACAUUGACAAAAUACUCUCUGUACUUCUACACUUCGGCUAUUACUUUGAACCAAAAGAAGGACCUUGUGCUUUAAAAUAUCGAUCAGCUUUGCAGUUUAUUUUAGAGGAGUUCAAAGAUUUUCAAAUAGAUGAAUCUCUCCAUACUGACGAAAACAAAAUCGGUUUAAGGAUAGAGCGAAGCGAUGCGUUAAAGACAUUUGACGAAGCAAUUGAUUUUUGGAAAGAAGAUUUAACUGUUGGACUGGACAUUGAAGGUUACUCCAUUGAAGAUCUUUAUAAGCCGGAUACAAUCCCAAAGCAUCAUAUUUGGUGGAUACAGAAAGACACUCAGGAAGAAUCUUCGACUCACGUUGAUGAACCAUACCCUCCAAUCAAAUCCAUCAAUAAAGAGGAGAGGGACAGUCGCUGUAAUACCGGAAACAUUUCGAACCUUGCAAAAGCCCCAUUUCCCAUCACUGUCUAAAAAAGAAAAAAAAAGUUGUUUUUUUUUAAACAAAUUUAUCUGCUACACUAUUUGAAUAAUAGAUCUAGUAUUUUUAUGUUUGGUUGCUACUAUCGCCCUUAAAAUAUAAAAUUUUAAUUUUAAAAAAUAUUGUUAAACCAUUGAUAUAAAUUAUCAGGAAUAUUUUGACUACGUACUUCUAUACAAUACAAAAUGUCAACUAUAAAACAAUCUUUAAUAGAACAUGACCGACAAAAAUAUAAAAAUGUAUUACUAAUUUUUCAAUUUCAACCUGGUGACACAGAACAAAGAAAAACUAGUUUUUGUAGCCAAAUUCUUUCUUUAUUUGAUAUAAAUGGUCAAUUGAAGAUUCAUCCCUGGGCCUUCCAUGGCCUAACUUACAACGAGAAAAUACGAAUUCUUGAUGUAACUGAACAGCUGAAGAAAGGGAAUUUACGUUUUUCACAAUGUGUCAGUAUCAAAGUAAUUGAAUCAAUAUUAAAAAAUUACGAGCUUCAGUUCGACAGACAGAUCUUUGAAAGAGAAAAACAGCUUUCAGUUUAUUUUAAUCAGAAUUUGAGAGAUGUUACUAUUAAUGAAAGAACUAUUUUUGAUAAUAUUAAACCUUCGGAAAUCAAACGUUUAUUUGACCUCCUUCGGAAUAAUGCUAAACUGAAAACCAAUUUGCCUCUUAUGGUUGUGUUUGCAGGACUAAAUCAAGUUAGUAACGUCUCUGACUUCUGUGCAUGUGGGGAAUUUAUCUACAGAGCGUUAAGUAAAAGCACUAAUGGUACAGCUAUUUUGCAGAAUUUAGUAUCCAAAGAAAGUAAAGCCAUAGAAAACUUUAUGGAAAAUGACGCUGUUAAAAAAGAUUACAAAAAUAGAUUCACAGUCAUUGUAAAUAGAUGCUCAGAGUUAAUGGUAAAUGACUGUUUACAUUUCUCAAGUCCUAUGACAUUUGCCAAUCAUUUCUCUAAGCACGGGGCCGAGGUUUGCCCUUCUGAUCAAGUGAACGAGGAGACUUACCUGAGGUUAGCCAACGAGCAUGUGAUGCAAGGCCAUGAUAGAGUCAAAGUGAUACUGACACAAGAUGGAACAUCCAUUAAGCAUACUUACAAAUUUGACCAAAAACUAGCAAUAGUUAUAGAGGAUGUUAAGACUGGUCGCAAAUGCAUUGCUACAUUUUUUAAACCACGGACAUAAUUUUUUGUUUGUCCCUAAGUCAAAGUAUUCAAUUAAUUAUCUGCAUCACAAUAUUAGCAGUUUUGAAUAUUGUGGCUAACUGACUGAUAAAACAGCUAAAAAAUUAUUUUUUUUUCCCAUUUACUUUAAACAUUUCCAAAAUGUGCUUUUUAGAGUUUUCAAAACAUUAAAAUAGUAAAGUCUUUUUUUUAAACAUAAUUACGAAACAUAGUUAAUUGUUAAAUUUUAGGAAGCUAGUUUAAGCACUAGAAUAUUUUAGAAGAUGUUAAUGCUGAAAAUUAAUUGUAAAAAAAAAUAAAAAUUUUAUUGUUAAUUUUUAAAUUCAUUUUUAAACAUUUUAUAAUUAAACGACAAUUUACAUGUGUAUACAGAAUAAAUCUCUCAACUUACACGAGAAGUUGGAAAGAAAAAGACCAGGUUUUGCGCUUGUAAGAAUUAUUAACACUAUGUUUAUUAAUAUGCCAAUAAGGCCAUAUAUAUAGCAUUGCCAUAAAACUUACUGCUUCUACAAAUUUAGUUGCCAUAUAUUUUAUUUGUUGUUGCAUGUUUUUUACUCUACGAUUUGUAAGUAUUUACUUGCUUUUGCUUUGCUCAAUAUCUUAAAACUUGUAUUUCAUUUGCAAACGUCUGUACAAACAAUUCUAUGCUUUUAUUAUAUUAUGUUUUUACAUUAAAGUUUGUUUUAAUUUUUAUUUUUAACAAAUAUUUAUAAUUUACUAUUCCAAGAUCAUAUUAAAAUAUCAAAAAAUAUCUUUAGUUAGCGAGUGCCAUAAAUAAAUAUUUAAGAAUCAAAUCUGGACCUUUAAUAUUCAUUAAAGUAAAAAAAAGGUUUCCCUUUAUAGACCAUACGGUCUAUUGGGAAGAUGAUGUAAAGGUCAUCUGUUUCUGUGGCCUACGGUUAGUACAACGACCAACCGCCUUUACUUUUUACCAACUAAAGUCAAGUACCCAUUAGAGCUGGGUGUACUCGUCAAAAGAACCCGAAAUAAAAAUUCCCAGUCUUCACCAGGAUUUGAUUUCGGAAUCCCCGAUAUAGAAGUCAAAUGCUUUACCGCUCUGCCACCGCGCCUCCUUUAAUCUUCAUUGGAUCAACAGAUAUAUGCGACCUCAUUUACAUACUUAUAACUUGUUUUUUUUUAUGUUUAAAACUUCGGUCAGUGUUUCUUGAUAUUUUUUAUUAUGUUUAAAACUUCGGUCAGUGUUUCUUGAUUUUUUUUUUAUGUUUAAAACUUCGGUCAGUGUUUCUUGAUUUUUUUUUUAUGUUUAAAACUUCGGUCAGUGUUUCUUGAUUUUUUUUUAUGUUUAAAACUUCGGUCAGUGUUUCUUGAUUUUUUUUUAUGUUUAAAACUUCGGUCAGUGUUUCUUGAUUUUUUUUUAUGUUUAAGACUUCGGUCAGUGUUUCUUGAUUUUUUUUUAAUGUUUAAAACUUCGGUCAGUGUUUCUUGAUUUUUUUUUUACCAAGAUCCCCACCUCGCGGGCUAAAAAUUACCUUCGCAGACAAUGUAUAUUAUCUUAUAAAUGACAGACGUUUUGUCAAAAGAAAUAAAUAAUUACUUUCUAUGGAUUUAAUGUGCCAAUCUAGUCGUGCGUGCUAAAUAGUGUCUUUAACUAUGCCAAGCUGUAUGUUUUUCUGGCUGAUUCAAGCAACCCAUUCCAUGUUCUAAAGACACUAGAAAAUAAGACGCACUAAGUUUAGUUUUUUGUAUUUGUAAAUUAUGGGUCAGUGUUUUGAACCCUAUUAGUGCUUUACUUUUACAAGUCAGUCAGAAGUCAGUCCUGGUGUAUCUCUACAUUUAGUUAACUAAUUUUCUAUUUUAAGGAAGUCUGAAUAUUCGUUUGUUUUUGUAAGACCACUAUGCUCUGUGUUUAGUGAGGAUAAGUCUAAAUGGAGGUAACACUCACAUUAUCAAAUAACACAGGUGAAAGGUUAACAAUGCAAAGAUACUCGACGCUGAUAAAUGAUUUCGAAUAAUGCACUUAAUGUAGUUAAGCUAAAUAUCCAGGAAACUAAAAAAAAACUAACUAACUAAGCCGCCUGUAGUGUUCUGGGUUUAGGCCUACUUUCACUAAAACCCGAAUAAUAGCCACUUGCGGAUCAAGGAGGGUGGGCGGUUGGGGUAAUCGCUUUGAAUUUUAGUUCUGUAACAAAAUAAAGCAUAUUGAACAAAAUAUAUCACUUAUAAAUUAAAUCUUUUUCAAAUAUUAUUUUUUCAAAAAAAUGUUAUUUUCGCCGCGUCCACUGAAGCCAUAAUCUAUAUCAACGUUCUCAAUCUGUGGGGUAUAUUUUUUUUUCAAGGAAAAAUGGGCCAUAUUUUCAAAGCAGCUUGAACCUAUAAAUUCAUAAGUAAAAUAUAUUUAAAAGGUCUUGACGGUUAAACACUUUGGGCGUUUAAAGCCAGUCCAAGAAAGCGUUAAACCAUCGUUCUGUUGACGUCUUAUGCUGACCAAAACAGGCCGACUGCAAGAGGCCUUGCUUAAAAUGAAGAUAAUAUUACGAUAAAUACAUCUAAGGAAGAUAUAUUUACAUUACUUGUGACUCGAUUGUUACUCACACUUCAGUAUAGGCCUUUGCCCAGACGUCACUUUAUUUCUUUAAUUUGACCUGCUUUUUUGAAAGGUUGAAUAAUGAGCUCUAAAUGUCAGGUAAAUACGUUUCUGCAGUCAAAAAUGAAAACUAAAAACGUUUGGCUUACCCAGCUGGGGGCAAUUAUCUCGCCAUGAACGUAACUUUUUGGGGGAGAUUCUUUUUUGCCGAAGGUUGAAAAACACUGCUCUAUUUGUAAUAUAGACCACUUUUUUUUUCUCUGUCUAUGUUUGUUUAGACAUAGAGCUAAGGGUUGACAGGACCGUCUGAACGAUAGCGUUCUUCUUCUUCUUCCUCUUCUAGCCAGCAUUAUUGCUGCUGAGCUGUGAGCUGUUUUGCAGACUGGGCCAAGGAAAAAGACGAUAGUGCUAGGUUUUGGAAAAAAUCACCCUCCCCUGAUUAAAAGUUAUGGAUCUGUUGGUGAUUCUCGUCCUCUUUUAUUCAUUAGUCACGACAUUGUCGAGAACUAUAAGUUAAACCUUUAUACAAACAAAGAUUUUUUGGGGGGCCGAAUUCCUAAUGGUGUCCUAACAGUUAUAAAUCUCGCGCACUAAUUUGUGUCUAUUCUAGUUGUUUUAAAUAUUUCCUUAAGUUGAGGGAUCUAAACAGAGGAUGCAAAUUCUACAAUAGUCCCAAUAAAGGUUAAAUAACAUUUUAGUUUAUGUUCCGGUUUCUUUUGUUACAAAUUUAAAAAAAAUAAAUCCCAAUGCUUUGUUUGAUUCCUUAAUAAUUCCAACACUAUGUUAAUGUUAUACUGUGCAAUAUACGUGGACGAGAGUGUCUCUCCAAAAUAGGGCUCCACAGUCUUAUAAAAAAGUGUUCGAGAUGAACCAUAGUCGUUAUUUGACUAAAGGAGGCCAAUUAUUAUGUUAUACCGUAAAAUAAAAGAUAAGAUAGGGCAUUUCUUUUCUUAUCUUAUAUAAUACAGACGUUACUUCAAAAAAAAAAUGAUUACGUCCUACGCGUCAUGCAUCUAGUCAUGCAUAUUAACCAAUGACUUAAAUUCUGCCAUGUCACUGGUUUUCCUGAAUACUUUUCGAAAUUUUAGUUUGUGUAAAGAAUGUAAUUUUUUUUAUUUUAGUUUGUGGAAAGUAUGUAAUUUUUAAAUUUUAGUUUGUGUAAAGUAUAUAAUUUUUAAAUUUUAGUUUGUGGAAAGUAAGUAAUUUUUAAAUUUUAGUUUGUGGAAAGUAUGUAAUUUUUAAAAUUUUAGUUUGUGGAAAGUAUGUAAUUUUUAAAUUUUAGUUUGUGGAAAGUAUGUAAUUUUUACUUCUUGGUGAACAGACAUGCCUUAGUCUGAUUCCCAUUUUUGUGUUUCAACCAAUUCUCUUUGGAAAAUGUCUGCAUCUUGUGUUGUUUUUAUUGUUCUUUAUGUUAUGAAAUCAUCUGUAAAUAAUAAAACUUGUGUUCUUGAAGUAAUGAAAUUUCGUAAACAUAUAAAUUAGAAACAGUACUGGGCCUUACAAUUUUCAUUUAGGUGUACCUUAGUUUACUGUUAUUGAUAUUUACUAACAGCCAUUUAUUAUUACUGUUUGUUAUGUUAUCUCCAAAUAAGGAAAUCUUAAAUCCAUUGGUGUUAUGAGCUAGUUAUUCCAAAAUAUUUCUUUUUUUCUUUUAAAGCAAGGUAUAUUUGUAAACUUUUGUUUAAAAUGAUUGAAACUUUCUUUUUAAUUUAAAAAGUAAUAUAAUCAUUUAGUCCUAUUAGAUAAGUUUCACAUGAUCUAUAUAUAUUCUUAAGUGAUGUUGGUUUGGAGUAAGGACAUUAUGUUUUUAAAGUGAUUAAGUGUUACUUCUAUGUUCUAGGAUUUUACAUGUGAUGCUAGUUUAAGUAGGGGAGUGACAUUAGUUUAUUUAAGUCCUUCGGUACCCUCCCCUGAUUAAGUAGUGCCAAUAAAAGCAUUUUCUUAACUCUUUGGAAAACGUACUAUGAAUACCAUCAGGCUCAGAUGUUUUAUUGAUUGUAUGCUAGUUAAUAAGAUUUUGAUUCCUUUUCGUGUAUAUCUAUAGAAAAAUUUAAUAACCCUCAAUAUAAGAUCCAGCGCCAAGUGUUUCCUUGCCUCCAGCCUUAACCUUAAGUUUUAGAAAAAGCUUUUAUCAAGCAAAUAAUAAAAAUUAUAAGUAAGGAUUA